UCGGCGCCGCGAGAUGGAGAUCUCCGCCGUGAGUGCGAGGCACGAUGUCGAGUGAGUGCCGGCGUCGCCGCGCGGAGGGGAGAGCGUAGAAGCUACCGAGGGGCAAUGUCUUCCCGCCUCGCGCGCCCCCGUCGUCGCAAAUAUUUGACCGGAUGUGCCACAACUGCUCCAGCUGUCAGUGCGCCGGCUGCCUCUCUCUCAGCCGGACACAACCCCGGCGCCCGGCGACCGCGCGGAUGGACACCCGGCACACGGGGGGCCGGCGCUCCCUUGUCCUUUGCACCUCUGGUCAGCAUCUUGAGGAACUAUGGUGAGUAAAGACGAGGCCAAAAGCAUCGUGGUGUCAGACACCGAUGAAUCCGAUUCGGACACGGACCUCGCGCACAACCUCGACGCGCACUCUGGGCCGCAGGUGAGGAAGAAGAACAAAGCCCUGCAGGUGCAUUUUCGGGAUAUCUGCGAGGCGCAGAAGGAGCACGGAGGAAAACACUCCCGGUCCAUAUCCUGCAAAGUGACCCACAGACAAUACAUGACCAUGCCCGCCAGACGCUCCAUCCCGAACGUGACCCGGAGCACCGGCGUGCAGACCUCACCUGACCUGACCAAGCGAUACAAGACUUUCCCCUUUGAGAGGAAGAAGGGACACACGUUCAAGCACGCCGCGUUAGUGGAGGACUACAGAGGACAAAACAACGGCUUUUUGAGCGAUAUAAAAGCGCUGGGAGAGGACGGACAACCCAUCGGGUUAUCCUCCGUUGUGGGACAGACCAAGGUUUUGCUCCACCAGACGGACGACAGCAGCGAUACGGAGGAUUUGAUUUGCGACGCCAACUGCGUGGACGGAACCUCCUGUCCGGAUUCUCAUCUCCCGUCCCGUCUGAACAACCCAGCGGAGCACCAGGACUGCGGGACAAGGACCAAACACAAAGGAUUACCGCGAGAAGACACGGACCAGGCUUCCGCCAAGCGUCUGCUGGCCAACUCUGAGUUCGCGAAGGGCGGGGGUCCGGUGGCGUGGAACUCUUUGACCCGAGUGGAGUCUUUAGGAAGCCCCUCGAAGGCUUGUAAAAGAAAGCAGUCCCAGACGCUUCCCCACAGCGCCUCGUGUUCGUCGCAGUCGCGAGGGCAGUGCCGGACCAGGCACGCCUCGGCCUCCUCCAAACUCCAGCAAACGCCUGGGACUGGCGAGGGUUUACCUGCAGGGACGCCGGUGGGGAGAAGCAGCCGGCGGGUGACACCUCAACCCGGAGACAAGGAUAUCAAAGAGCAGCUGCAGGCUAUGGAGAAUCUCAUCAAUUCCAGCCAGGAGACCAUCAAGGUCCUCCUCGGAGUUAUUCAGGAGCUAGAGAAAGGUGAAGCACAGAGAGAGGGGCUCACCUACCGAACAGGACAAGACACGGCGAACUGCGACACCUGUCGAAACAGCGCAUGCAUCAUUUACAGUGUGGAGCUGGACUUCAAGCUGCAGGAGGACAAGCUGCAGCCCCUGAUGAAGAGACUCUGCCCCCUGGACGGCCAACAAUGUCCCCCCCUGCCUUACUCCAACGAGGUCUUCACCUCCACGCCCAAACGCAAAUCCAAGUCGGACUCUAAGAAGCACGCCCGCUGGAAACUUUGGUUCCUAUGAACGGAACGUGAAUGCUCCGCGGGGGCCUUUUAAUUGGGGCGCACUGAUACCCUUGCUGUCUCAAAAUGGAUGGAAGAAUAUUCCGGAGGAGGGAUCGGAACGAGAGGAUGGAUAACUAAUGGAGAACCGACAUUAUAGCGUGGGGGGGGAUAAAAAAAAUAUAUUUUUAAAUCAGCCAAACCUUUUUCUGACAUAGCUGGAGAGGACGAACUGACACCUGCAAAUGUGGAGCACACUGGUAGGCAACCAGAGGAGGCGCCAUGCUGGAAGGCAUUUCCUUCGCCAAGGUGCAACGUGUAAAUGGACACCGCCUCCGGCACAAAGCACAAAAAAAGCGACUUGUCUAAUGGAGUACAGUUAACAUGGCGGCAACAUCAGCGGCGACGUCGUCCGCCUCUUUUGUCCGUCAACUUCCUGCGCCCGCCAGCCUUGACAACCCCCCCCACGUCUUCAUCUUUCUGCAACCUCCUUUCCAUUCGCCGCCGCGUGCAACAAGCCUUAGUCAUUAUGUUUUUGGGGGGUUUUUUCCUGGCCGUAAUGGAUGGUACACCACAUGGCAUUUUAGAAUGUGUAUUUUAGCUCGGCGGCCAUAUAUUUAUCACACUGUAAGUUAUUUCCCGCUACAGAAAAUGUACCUGCGGCGUGGAGGAAGGUGCCCUGCGUUGCAGUUUUAAGACUGAUGCUGAGGGAAUCGGGUUAUGAAAGUAGUGAUGGAAAGUUUUUACAAGUAGCCCGAAUAAACAGCCUGCAGAAAAUGCAGCUUGUAAAAAAAAAUGGCCACUUUUUUAUAUUAUAAUCUACAUAUUUAUAUCACUUUCUGUAUGGGUGGGAAUAUUGAAAAGAAAGGCCCGCUUUUUUUUUUUUUUUUUUUUUUUUUUUAAUGUCGUCACGGUUUACCUGACACAUGAAACGUGACAAAUUUUGGCUGGCGUUAUCCAUUUUAACUGCCAGAUGGCAUUUCCAACUUUGACCACAGCGCCAGUCGCUACUGUGAGAAUGAGAGAUAUUGAAGGGGUUUUUUUUUGUUUUUUUUUCUGGAGGUCAUAUACAGAAGGAAGGGGAUUCAUUCGUCACGGUUAACCUGACACAUGAAACGUGACAAAUUUUGGCUGGCACUAUCCAAUUUAACUGCCAGAUGGCAAUUUCAACUUUGACCACAGCGUCAGUUGCUACUGUGAGAAUUAGAUAUUUUUAAGUGUUCCUUUUUUUUUCUUUUCUGGCAGUCAUAUACAGAAGGAAGGGGAUUCAUUCGGUUUACCUGACACAU